ACAAAUACUUGUACGCUCUAAGGGUGGUUUAAAAUGUUGACAUUGGAAAGUAGCAAAAGGAAAGAGGGUUUGCGGACGUGAAAGAGUAGUUAGAAAUGACAUAAUUUUUGAAAAAUAAGCUUUGGGAAACGACAAUUUUAACUCCGCGCCCCUUCUACUGUCUCCCCCUACUCACUUCUUUUACUACUUCUCUACAAAGUUCAGUCCUUAUCUCACUUAUUCUCUCUCAUCUUCACUCUUUCUCACUUUUUCUCUGCAUUUUUAAGAACUCCUGCAUUUUUCUUCAGAAUUUGUGGGUCCAAAACAGUAUUAAUUGUGUGAAGAUCUAACACUACUACCUCCAUUUGCCAAUUUACACCUUGUGUUGUGUUUAAGGGGGGAAGUUGAGAUUCAUUAUGCAGACUGCCAAGGCAAGAGGAAGCCCCAAGGAGUCUCCUCAAAAAGUCUCUGCACGACCGGCCAGACAGCUAAAAAUAAAUCCUGUUGAACCGACCUCCUCAUCUCCGUCAAGUAAUGCAACUGCAAAGACUCCAAAUAGGAGCCCAAAAGUAAUUGAGCGUAGAUCACCAAGGAGCCCAAUUUCUGAGAAGAAACGCCCUAGCAAAUUGUCAGAAUUAGAGUCCCAAAUUUCCAAACUCCAUGAUGAUCUGAAAAAGGUAAAAGACCAACUGGUUGCUUCUGAAUCGGUGAAAAAGGAGGCUCAGGAAGAUGCAGAGGAAUCAAAAAGGCAGCUAGCUGAUGUCUCUUCGAAACUGGAAGAAAAUCAGAAGCAACUUUGUCAACUUCUUGCUUCUAAGGAAGAAAAUAUUGUAGAUCUGCAGAACAUUUCAGAGGAUAAGGAGCAUGAAUGGAAAUCUCAGAUUGAGUCUGUUCGUCAGCAGCACUCUGCGGAUUCAGCUGCAUUAGCCUCAGCCUUGGAGGAGAUUGAGAGGCUCAAGCUGCAUCUUGAGAAGGUCACUGAAUCUGGUGAUGUACAGGUUGAACAAAGUGAAACAGCUGCUGAGCUCCAAAGCUUGAAAGAUAACUUGACUGAAACUGUCUCGGUCCUUGAAAUCAUGAAACAAGAGCUGAAAGACUCUCGAGUAUCUGAAGCUGAAGCACAGGAUCUAGUCAGGGAAACCUUACUGCAACUAGAAGCAGCUAAGGAGACUGUCAAUGCCCUCAGAUCAGAUGUCAACAGAUCCACGGAGGCUUACAAUGCAUUUGUUUCUGAAUUAGAACAGUCAAAGGCUCGCGUAUUCUUUCUUGAAGGUGUUGUCAAAGGUCUUAAUGCAGAUCUCAUGAAUCUCAGCAGUGUAAAUUCUCUUGAAUCCGUUGGUGAUCAGAUAUUGCCAGAGGAUGUCAGUCAGCUUCAAAUAGAACUGCAGGCCGCAAAGUCCGAUGUGAGGCAGCUUAAAUCUGCAUUAGAAGCUGCUGAGAUAAGAUACAAUGAUGAGCGUUCUCACAGCAGCACGCAGAUUGGAAAUGCUUCUGAUCUCUUAGAGCAGAUGAAGAUGCAAUCUAGGCUAAGAGAGGCUGAGCUGGAAGUGGAGCUGAAAAAUGCUAGUGCAAGUAUCGAAGAGCUGAAGGCAAACCUAAUGGACAAGGAAACUGAAUUGCAAGGCAUAUCAGAUGAGAAUGAUAGCUUGAAUCUAAAACUUGAGAAAUCUUUGGCAUGCCAAAGAGAACAGGAAGUGGAGAAUGAGCUGAAAAGACUGAGGGAAGACGUAGCCGAUUUAAGGUCAAAUUUGAUGGAUAAGGAGACAGAACUACAGAGCAUUUCAGAGGAGAACGAAAUACUGAAGUUAGAGAUCAGUAAACAUGAAAUGGACAAGAGUGUUGAAAAUGACCAAGUUGCGGCUGAGGUGGAUGCCUCCCGAGCUGCUGAACAAGAUGCUGUGACAAAGCUUGGGUACAUGAUGGAAGAAGUAGAUAAGAGUAACAGGAAAGCAGCAAGGGUUGUUGAGCAACUAGAGGCAGCUCAGGCCACAAAUUCAGAGAUGGAGGCAGAGCUAAGAAGACUUAAAGUGCAGUCUGAUCAGUGGAGAAAGGCAGCAGAAGCGGCUGCUUCUAUGCUGUCUCCUGGGAGCAAUGGGAAAUAUGUGGAGAGAACCGGAUCAUUGCCUUUAGAUAACAAGUAUAGUCCUAUCAGGGGAAGACAUAGCUCACCAUACAUGGAUGACUAUGAUGACGAUUCCUUCAAGAAGAAAAAUGGCAACGUCCUGAAAAAGAUCGGAGUUUUGUGGAAGAAGCCACAGAAAUGACGUGCUGAUACAGCAGUUAUGAAGGCGCUUCUUGUUGGAGCAGCCUGAUGAGUCUGCAAAUCUUGUACUUGGUGAUCGAAGAGAUUUUUGCAGCAUUCUGUUAUCAGUAUAUUGGUGCCUGAUGAAAAAACUAGUAAUGCCAUCCAAGAAUCCUUUUGUCGAUGUAUAUGUAUUAGGACUAGUUGGAAGAAGCAGGUUUUUCUUUUUUCGUUUAUUAUGCAAUCAAUCAACUGUAUUUUUGGUAAACCGAAUUUGUAUAUCUGGUUUACCAAUGAUCGACUCCGCUAGCUAUUAUGACUAAUGUGCAUGUUAGACCAGUUUUUGGAGAAUUGGAGAUUCAAUUGCAUAUGCGCAGUUCCUGGAAAGAAAUUUUACAACGCCUUUA